UCGGGGGCUGAGAGGGCGGCGCUGGUUCCUGACCGACUCCGCCAGUUCCCCCUCCCCCGGCAAUUCCCGCCUCCCACUUAGUUGCGAAUGGCAUAGCAGAGCGGUCCCUCUUUGAGAGAAGAACUGGAGGGGGAGGAGAGGAAAACGAAGUCUUGCGGGGUCGGAGUCGGCCGAGGAGCUGCGCCCGCCGCGCUCUCUUCAGUCGAGGCGCCUCCCGCUCGAGCGUUGCCUCUUCCAGCAAGUGCUGAAGCGCCGCCAAGUCCGCGGGCUUCAUUUCCCCCACCACCAUCACCAAGGGCGUCGCGGCGAGGAGCAAACUUUCUGCGCUGCAAUGAACCGAGCUGGGAGCGGCUGCUCGGCGGGGUCGCGACUCUGAGGGGAAAGGCGGGCAGAGGCAGCGUCGUCCCACGAAGAAGAGACGCGCGAAGCCCUGGUGGGGAGAGGACGAGACGGGGGGAAGAUAAGCCACUCAGCUAAGCUAUUGCAAUGGGUUGUGGUUUAAACAAGCUGGAGAAACAUGAUGAAAAACGGCCUGGUAACAUCUAUUCAACUUUGAAGAGGCCCCAGGUGGAAACCAAAAUAGAUGUUUUUUAUGAAUAUCAUUUCCUGGAAUUUACAACAUUAAGUGAUGCUGAGCUACCAGGAUCAUCAGCAAUCAGACUUUCUUCCUUACAUGAUCUUCCAGCUCAGCUACAAGAAUUCUACCAGCAGGGCUUCAUCUUGGCUGCUGUCCAUCCCUUUGUGCAGCCAACUGAUGAGAAUGAGAAGACUCCCCAGGAACAAAUCUUCAGGGCUGUGCUGAUCAAGAAAGCAGAAAGAUCCUUGAAAAAUGAUGCCAUCAGUGAUGGGAAUACUUUAGAAAUAGAAAGUUGUUUUUCAUCUGAUCACCCUCCAGAUAAAUCAAAAAUGCCAGAUCUUAUUAAGAAAAUUCAAGAUGCAGCAAGUCGGGGCUUGAGGUUUGUUGGACUCAUACCGCAGUAUGUUUCCCAGAUGAACUCCAAAAGCAUCAGUGCUGUAACUUCUACAAGCAACAGCUCCAGAGAACUAAAAAGUGACAAAAAUCCAUCAGACUCUCCUGUGGAUUGCACUUCCCUCGAUCAAGAAAAAACAGAUUGCACUAAUGAAUGCAGUAUCCCAGCAACAAGGAAAGAAAAUACUGACCCCAGUGAAGACCUAGGAGGUGAAGGGCAGAUUUCUGAACGGCUCAGUUUAAGCUCAGCUGGUGAAAAUGGAGGGCAACUUCAAGAAACUGAGAUCUUCGCAGUCUUCAACAAACCAAAGACCUUGCAGAGAACCAGCCAAUACUACACCGUAACAAUUCCCGUGAGAGUAAUCAGUAAUGGGCAGAGCCUUUGCAGCUUAGAAGCUAAUUGGCUAGAACACAUGACGGAUCAUUUCCGGAAAGGGAGCACAUUGGUGAAUGCAGUCUUCAGUCUUGGAACGGUAAAUGAUUCCUUCCAGGGCAUGACAGAUGGACUGUUCAUCUUUGAAGAACUUUCUGUGGAUGACAGCAAAAAUAUACAAGGCUAUGAUGCCAUUGUUGUAGAACAGUGGACCGUUCUUGAAGGAGCUCAAGUGCAGACAGAUUACAUCCCUCUGUUGAACUCUUUGGCUGUAUAUGGCUGGCAGCUGACUUGUGUGCUCCCCACUCCAGUUGUAAAGACAAACAGGGAUGGGAGUUUAGCCACUAAGCAGAUUGUCUUUCUUCAGAGACCCUUCCUGCUCCAGAAAACCAAGAAGAAACAAUCUAAGUUUCACUGGAGGUUCUCCAAAGAGAACAGGCACCAUAAGCAGUCCAAGAAAUCUCUGAAGGCAAAACUAGAUACCAGAGAGCAACAGCAGAUGACAACAGAAGAAAUGCAUGAGUCAGAAGUCAUAGAAAAUGCAAGGAAUUCAGAAACCCAGUUUUCCACAAUUGAAAGUGGGUUACAGUUUCCAGUAAUCUCAGACCAACAGCUUGGUGGUGUCAAAGAUGGGAGAAUGGAGGCCUUUAAACACAGAGACAUGCUUAUCUACAACAAUGAGGUAUCAGCAGAAAAAUGGAAUGCAGGUCAGGAUGCUGAUCAAGAAACAGAAGGUUUGUGUUUGGAUCAGAAAGGCAUACAUGGGAACUGUGGGGACCACAUGUUCCAAGAGCACUGCACCGCAGCUGACAAUAAUGAGAACUGUGGGGCAGAACUGAUAGAAAGCAGUUUUGAGCCUGCCUGUCAGUUUGACUGAGAGAGGUAACCAUUUGCCAAAGUAAAGAAGUUGUUUUGAUUAUCACUUUUCAACAUGACAGUGUAAUAACACUUGAUUUGAUACCGUUGAGUUGCUACAGGUACAUAACAAAAAUGUGAUUGCUGUUGCAUUUCUUGGCAAUGUAUGCAAACCUAACAGGCUGUUGUUUUUUCUUAUUCAAGAAAGACCAUGGAUUUCUAGCCUGUGCUGAACUACUCUUUAAACCAAACAAAAGCUACAUCCUGUAUUUUUAACAAUGUAUCGUUAGAAUACACCAUAUUUGUACUGGUUUCUGUCAAACAGAAUUCAGGAUAUAAAGAGCUUUAAAGAAGUGACUAUAAUUAUACUUGUCUUAAAUACAUCUAUAUAUCUUGCUUUCAGAACUACUAGACUCUUGCAAAAAUUUCAAGCAAUAAUAAAGCCAUGUGUUUUAUCUGAUAAACCACAAGUGGUAAGAAGUGAGAAAGGAUUCUUCAUAUGCUUAGGAAUCUAAUUAAUACCCAGGGUAUCUGAUUACUGUUUAAGUUACAAUAAAUAUUGCACACAACAACAUGCUCAUAAAAACAAACAAACUGCAUGUUAAAAAGCUGCUUGAUUUAUAUGUAUUUCAUCAAAGGUUGUACACUUGUCACCUACUUAUAUUACAUUGGAAGUAAAUGAGUCCUUACUAAGAACUUUCCAAUUGAAAAUAAUCAGCCAGUAAAUAUUAGACAAGUGGGAACCAGUAUGGACUUAAAAUAUACAAACUGAUAAGUAAAAUAAAAUAAUUCUCAGCUGACAUUAUGUAAUGCUAUCAUUGAUUUCCUCAUAUUUUGCACACAUAUUAAUCUUAACAAUAGGUUUUGUGUAAUUUGAAUUCUUAAAGCUCUAAAAUAUACUUGAAUUCUUAGUCAUAUUUCAUGUGUGUAUUCUCUUUCCUUCAUUAUUGAGCAAACCUACCUGGGUCUGCAUUUGAUCAAUGUUUAGAAUCUGUAAAGUGUUUUGAAAAUGCCUUCUGUCCUUGCACAAAUUGAAACUUGAAGCCAAUAAACAAUAUAGCUUCUUUUCCCUA